AUGGCCGUGUGGGAUGCAUGGCCAACAACCAACAUCGGCCACCAUCAAAGCACCACCACCACGACGCCCAAGUUGGGCCUUUGCACGAAUGGGCUUCCAGUGCUGCCGGGACUGCCAUAA